AAAUAGUGGAUUCGGUGCAUCCCUAGUUUGGAGCACCACGGGGUCUUAGAGCUCAGCAGCCUCGCUCCACAUUUCAAAUCUGUAUAUCAUAGGAAAGGAGUUUGGAUGGAGACAAAUUUGUAAAAGUAUAAAAAGUAUAAGGUGCUUUGAUUUUUUUUUCUGCUCGGAAGCCACGUACGGUUUGGUAAUAAAAUACUGAUUAUUAGUAAAUAGGCCCUGCUUUUAUCUCUCUAAACUUUUUUUUUUUUAAUCACAGGACACUUUGUAUGCUAAUAAACUGCCAUUUUUAAACUCAUGGGUUGUUGUUAAACCCUUUUUGCAUGAUCUCCUGUAGCAGAGGUUUUUCGGGAAGGGUUAUGAAUCAGAUGAUUAAUUUGGCAAAUAAAAAGUGCGGUUCCUGCUUUUUCUUUGCAGCAUGGAAUGACUCCUCUUAUGCAUGCAGCCUACAAAGGAAAGGUGGAUAUGUGCAAACUUUUACUGCAGCAUGGAGCAGAUGUCAACUGUAAUGAACAUGAGCACGGGUACACAGCGUUGAUGUUUGCUGGCCUCUCAGGGAAUAAAGAAAUUGCCUGGCUGAUGUUGGAGGCUGGAGCCGAUGCAGAUGUGGUCAACUCUGUUGGGAGAACAGCAGCACAAAUGGCAGCUUUUGUAGGCCAGCAUGAUUGUGUCACGGUAAUCAACAAUUUUUUCCCCCGGGAAAAACUUGAUUAUUACACCAAGCCUCAAGGGUUAAAUAAAGAACCUAAACUGCCAUCAAAAUUAGCUGGACCCUUGUACAAGGUCAUUACAACCACAAACUUGCAUCCUGUUAAGGUUGUCUAUCUAAUAAAAGAGAACCCCCUUUUGAUGGAGGCAGAAGCUUUAAAGAAACGUUGCACAGUGCUGGAUUUAAUCUGUGAGAAAUGCAUAAAGCAAAAGGACAUGAAUGAAGUUUUGGCCGUGAAAAUGCACUACAUUAGUUGCGUGUUGCAGAAGUGCUCUACUUUCCUCCAGGAUCAGGAAGACAAACUUGAUUCCUUUAUUAAAAACAGAGCAAAUAAAAACUGAUGAACAACUUGCAGAGACGGAAGGAGCUUCUAAUUCCCAAACAGAAGCAGAAUGUCCAGCAGUAGAAAGUGCAGCAGAAGGAUUGGAGGGAAGCAAAAUGGCUGCUGAAACCAAUAUCUCUCAAUCAGCAAAUCACACUGAAGAGUAAAGGCCUUUUCAACCUCUUACCUUCAGUUCUGUCACAUGUUCUCUCAAGAUGUGGAGAGGCAGAAAACCUGUCUGUAAAGGUCGUACCAUCCACAAAGGCCUCUGUCGCUCUACUUCUUGUGCUUGAGACAUACAUUCUGCUUACUGACGUUUGCUACUGUGACUGCUUCUUAUGUGCAAUAAUAUCUACCAACCACACAGCUCGAAUGACCCCCCCGCAAGUCCCAUUCCAAAAACUUAAGAAAAAGACCAAGUGCAACAGCCUUUGAGAUGGAUUCUAUAUAAACUGGUUUUAUGGUGAGCUUCACUCUUAAUAAAACAUGUUUUUCUAUAUAACAAUUAUAUCGGGGUAUAUUAUUAAAAAAGUCACAUAUUUUGGGGGUUUCUCACUUGUUUUGCUUUAUGGUCUGUAUGAACUGUUGACAUUUGUCAAGACAGUUUAUUGCCAAUAGAUUA